AUGAUGCGGCCUGUCAGAACUAUCCUCAUCGGCGCGCUUCUCCUGGUGUGCCUCCACGUGGCAUAUGCCGGAUUUCCCGGGAUUGGCGGCAAGAAGAAGAAGGCAUGUGACCUCUCCGUCGGGAGCUGGGCCCCGUCGACCAAGUACCCGGUAUACGAUUCCUCGUGUCCGUACAUUAGCCAGGAGUUUAACUGCGAAAAAAACGGGCGACCGGACGGCGACUUUCGCCACUUCGAGUGGAAGCCAUCGGGUUGCAAGCUGGUUCGGUUUGACGCGAAGAAAUUCGCGAUGACUUUCGUUGGCCAGGCCGUGGCGAUCGUGGGCGACAAUUCUGGGCUGUACAUGUACCAGUCGCUCAGAUGUCGCCUAGAAGCUGCGAACUUUAAGACCGAGAGUUUCAAUCCGUCUACGAUUGGCUGGACCGGCGAUGGUUUCAAGGUCAAGCCUUGGGGGGUGAAGGUCGUGUUCGUGCACGCACCGUUCCUCACCGAAGCGGAUCCAAUGGACCCGUUGAAGCGAUCUGUGAAGGAUGGAUGGAUGGUGCACGUGGACAAAAUCAACCACAAGCUAACAGAAACACUCAAAGGGCUGCGAUCAGUCAUCCUCGUGGCCGGCUCUUACUACGCGGAAUCCUCCAACCGCACGUAUUACAGCAAGGGCCGGGCGAUUGCCUCGCAGCCUAGCGGCAUCGCUGCUCUUAACAUUGUGCUGCGGAACAUUGCAGAUUACAUCAAGUCCAACGUCAUGCUAGUUCAGCCCUACGCGCUCUCCAUCCCCCCAGCCCGCUCACUCUCUGCCUAA